GCCAAGGCCUAGCCAUUGCUCCGUGUGGUGUAAAGAAAACAAAGCGACUGUAAUAAAUACAGUAGAUUUUCAAACUUUUUACCGAGUUGACGUUGUAAAAAAGGAUUCCAGAUGUAUUGGAGUACAACUAUAUAUUUAAUACCUCUGGUUACUUGUUGGUUGAUAACUGAAGUUUCAGGGAGUGAAUGUGGAGAUGGGUACUGUAAUGAUUAUGAUCAAUAUUGCUGCGAUAAUUUUGAAUGCUGUUACUAUCCCAACUACAGUUACUGGAACCUUUGGUAUUUCUGGUUUGUCCUAAUUUUUGUAUUGAUGACAUGUUUCGGAGGAUGUGGUUAUUACAGAAGAAGGCAAGUCUAUCUCCAAACAGCCAGUGGUCAGCGCAUACCUGUGGGACAGACAACAUAUCUGACGUCCGGUGUGCAACCUGUCCACCAUCCUUACCAACCCACGGCUGCACCUGUGGGUACAUUCCAGUCACCGCCACCAUACAGUGAGGUAACAUCAAAGCCGAACUUGUACCCAAAAACAGGAGAUGCAGCAUAUCCCCCCCAAGCACCUUACUAUCAAGGCCCAUAUUACCAGUUCCCAACAGCUGCAACAGAAUACUCCAACCAGCCCCCUCCCGCAUAUAUUCCCCCACAAACUAACACUACUCCUCAAACAGAGAAUGUCUCUUAAAAUACUCGCUUAAACCAAGGUUUGAGAAAAAAUUUUUUAGUAAAUUUUAAUGUAUUGUUAAUUUGAAAGCAACACAUUAAGUUGGACGAAAUUAUGCAUUAAAUGAAAUGCAUCCAAGCUUUUUCUGUAGAUGUGAUUGUAUUAAUUUGAAUUUGAAUAACCUAUAACAAAAUAUAUUCUUCUUCUUACUGAAACUUCAGUUCUGGGGAAAAGACAUAAUUACGAUUUUCAUAGAAUUUUACUUUAAACCGUUGCAUGGUGAAUUUAAAAUGUAAUCAAUUUUAACACCACACACUGUAGGUAGUUGUAACUGUCAUUUUGUUGAGAAUACCUUUCAAAUACAGAUGUAUCAUAAUUAUAUAUAUUAAUCACUGAUCGUAAAACUUAAUUAUUUUAAUAAGUGACAUUUAUAAAGCGCUCUACGCCAGCAAACCGACCCCAGAGCGCAUACAAUCAUCAAAUUUAAACAACAACAGAAGAUGGAAAAAGAAUUUUAUUCAAAACAUCUAGAUAUUCUCAACAAAACUGCAAUUAUGUACAUUGUAUACUUCAAACAUUUAUUAAAUUUACAUUUGAAUUAUGAUAUUAAACCUUUUCUAAAUGUUCAUUUAAACAAAUGUAACUUUUUCAUCAGAAUAUGCAUUACAAAUAUGAUUUUCAUCAAAUGUUUCCGGUAACUGUAAUAAACAAUGGUUGUCUUUCUGGAAGAGCGCUUUUUAUUAAAUGUAAAUGGGUUUUAGAUAUUUGGACAAGUUUUGAUAAUAGAUUUUCACAAAGCUAAUAUUAAUCAGUUUCAUGUAGGUGAUCUUUAAUAUAUAAUCCUUACAAUUUAAUAUCCAAGGUGUAGGUUUAAUUAUCCAAACAUUACUAGAGCAGCAUUCCGCGAACUUUUAGACUUAACAGCCCAUUUAGUUGUGACCCACUGGCCUCUUAUUCACAGAAGCAUAAUUCGGGAAGAGCUAGGCCUAUCAUGCUUACGUAAUGCAACACAUGUUCAAUUUCAAUGUAUUUCACCCACCCUGGUUUUACUAAACCUUACAUUAUACAGUCAAGUACUGAAUAUUAUUACAAAAUAACGUGUUUCCAUCGAUUAAUGCCGAUAUUAUAAUGUUAGUGACCGAGAAAGCUAUCUGAUUUUUUAUGAGUUCUGUCAAGUUUGUGAUCGACUAAAAUAUUUUGGCAACCCACUGGUGGGUCGAGACCCACAGUUUGUGGAAAGUUGUUCUAGAGGUGGAUUAAUCUUAAAUAUACACAAUUAUAAAAGUUAAUGAUGCAAAAUUCUUUGGAAUUAUUAAAUAUGUAAUCGUCAUCUUACAGCCUGCUUAUUUUUAUCUAAUGCAUGUAAUUAUAAUUAAACCAUUUUGAUGUACUGUAGUUGGUGUUAGAUUGUCCGCCAAUGUAAUCUGUUAACAAUGUAUAUACAAUUUGAAAGUACCCUGUAAAAUCCAGUAACAGUAGUUGUGGAUUGUUAACAUGUAAUUAUUGCUGGCAUGCCUGACUACUAGGUAUAUAGCUGGUAGGUGAAAUGUACAUACAGUACAAGUAUGAGUGUGGAGGAUAGCAUUGAGACAUGUAGUUUAAUAAUUGUAUACAAUAUGCUUAUUAUUUUACGACUGCUCUACCUUUUUCCGCUUUUUUUUAAACAGUAUUUGAGUGAAGUGGCGAUGUGGCUUGGUGGUUAAGAUGCUUGCCUUCCAAUCCCAGGGUCCUGGGUUCAAAUUGCUCACAAUUAAAAACAUCUCCACUCCCUAAGCCUUGUAAUGAGAUUUCGCUUAUAAAGCAUCACAUCAUUUCAUUUAUUUAAGAGGGCUCCUAAAUAUCAGCCGACAUUCAAGGAUACAUUGGAAAGGUCACUCUAUAUACACUGUUUGGGGUGUUUGCAAUUGGGUUUAUUUUGGGCGUAUUCCUUAUUGGAAAGCUUAAAACAAAUGUUUUGUGAGGUGAAUUUGCUAAGGAAGUAAGCGAAGCAAGUAUGUUUGAUAUGAACUAGACGUGAAAAAAUGGAGUUUGAUAAUUGUAAGAUGGACCAUGCUUUAAUGAUGUGCUAUCAGUACUAAAAUAAUUUGUAGGAAAUAGAUUGUAUAUGACCUCUCUUAAGUGUAUAUUAGAGUGUAUGAAAACAUUAACCUACUUCCUUCAAAUUGUAGAAUACUAAAUUAUAUGGUAAGUAUGUAUUAAUUCUAGUCUACUCUAUUUUACUUGACAUUACAGAUUGCACAAUUGGAAUCGUCGACCUGAAUGGUAAAUUGAUUUUACUGACUAAAAUAGAAAAUCCCAAUUCAAAGCAACAGGCUUUUAAAUACCGUCUCCCCUAUUGUUUUUUUAUAAUCCAUUAUACUCUAAUAAUAAUGUUAUAAAUGCUACUACUACAGUCUUGUAAAAAGAACUAAAUCUGUACACCAUAAACAAACUGGUAAAUACAAACACGCCAUAUUUUAAUAAAUAACAAAUAAAUUACUUCCAAAUUUGAAUUGUGAUGCUAUUGCGUUUGAUGUAUUUUGAUUCUUAACAACUGAUUAUCAUUAAGUUUUCCAAUGAUUUUGGAUAUUAUACAAGUUUGAAACUAAUAAACAGUGUCCACACUCAAAUUUUAGGUGACAAUCAUUCUGUGAUAUGCCCAUAUUUGAGUGGUGUACAGAGCUGCAAAUUAUACAUUUAUUUCGGCCAUGAUUGUUCUUUUGAUUAUAUAUAAGCAAAGUCAAUAAAAUAGACAUUAAUGUA